AAUGCCAUAACCUAUAAUGAUGUGCAUAUCGACUUCACUUGGCAAGAAUGGACUUUGCUGGAUAUUUCUCAGAAGAAUCUAUACAAAGAUGUGAUGCUGGAUACCUACAAGAACCUCAAUGAUAUAGGAUACAGUUGGGAAGACAAUAAUAUUGAAGAAUAUUCUACAAGUUCUACAAGACAUGAAAGGACACAUACUGGGGAGAAACCCUAUGAAUGUGAUCAGUGUGGUAAAGCCUUUUCUCAGCACACUCACCUGCAAACGCAUAAAAGAAGACAUACUGGAGAGAAACCCUAUAAAUGUAAUCAGUGUGGAAAAGCCUUUUCUCAGAAAAGUACUCUUCAAAUGCAUAAAAGGACACAUACAGGAGAGAAACCCUAU